AUGUCGUCAAUAACAGAUGGGAAAACAUCUAAUGAACAGCAGGCUGCCGGAAGAAAAUUAUACUACAACACAAGUACUUUCGCAGAGCCACCUCUGGUGGAUGAAGAAGGUAACCCCAUAAACUACGAGCCCGAAGUAUACAACCCGGACCAUGAAAAAUUGUACCACAACCCAUCGCUGCCUGCAGUGUCGAUUCAGGAUACUAGAGAUGAUGAGUUAUUGGAAAGGGUUUACAGCCAGGACCAAGGUGUGGAGUACGAGGAGGACGAAGAAGAUAAACCGAAUUUAAGUCUGGCGUCCGUAAAAAGUUAUGCUAAAACAAGAUUCACAUCUUUAUCGCAUGUCCACGAGUUUUCCUGGCAAAACAUCAACCCUGUCCCUGAGUUGCGGAAAAUGACGUGGCAGAAUUGGAACUAUUUUUUCAUGGGUUACUUUGCUUGGUUGGCAGCCGCCUGGGCCUUCUUUUGUGUUUCAGUGUCGGUAGCUCCACUGGCUGAAUUAUACGGUAGACCAACCAAGGACAUCACCUGGGGGUUAGGGCUGGUGUUGUUUGUCCGUUCUGCCGGCGCGGUUAUAUUCGGCUUGUGGACAGACAAGUCUUCCAGAAAGUGGCCCUACAUCGCAUGUUUAUUCUUAUUUGUCAUUGCACAGCUUUGCACUCCAUGGUGCGACACUUAUGAAAAGUUUCUGGGCGUAAGAUGGAUCACUGGUAUUGCUAUGGGUGGUAUUUAUGGAUGUGCCUCUGCAACCGCUAUCGAAGACGCACCAGUGAAAGCCCGUUCAUUCCUGUCAGGUCUAUUUUUUUCCGCCUACGCUAUGGGAUUUAUAUUUGCAAUCAUUUUUUACAGAGCUUUUGGUUACUUCAGGGAGGAUGGCUGGAAAAUAUUGUUCUGGUUCAGCAUUUUCUUACCAAUUUUACUGAUUUUCUGGAGACUGCUGUGGCCUGAAACCAGAUAUUUCACCAAAGUCUUGAAAGCUCGUAAAUUGAUACUGAGUGACGCCGUGAAAGCCAAUGGUGGUGAGCCUCUACCAAAGGCCAAUUUCAGACAAAAAAUGGUUUCUAUGAAAAGGACAGUUCGGAAAUACUGGCUGCUGUUCACCUAUUUGGUCAUUUUGUUGGUUGGCCCAAAUUACUUGACCCACGCAUCCCAAGACUUGCUGCCAACCAUGUUGCGUGCCCAACUAGGUUUAUCCAAGGAUGCAGUCACUGUCAUCGUGGUCGUCACCAAUAUCGGCGCUAUCUGUGGUGGCAUGAUAUUUGGUCAGUUUAUGGAAGUUACUGGUAGAAGAGUGGGCCUGUUGAUUGCAUGCACAAUGGGUGGCUGUUUCACGUACCCUGCAUUUAUGUUGAGAACCGAGAAAGCUAUCUUAGGUGCCGGUUUCAUGCUAUACUUCUGUGUCUUUGGUGUCUGGGGUAUUUUGCCGAUCCACCUGGCAGAACUUGCUCCUGCCGAUGCAAGAGCUUUAGUUGCUGGUUUGGCUUACCAACUAGGUAAUUUGGCUUCUGCAGCAGCUUCUACAAUUGAGACGGAGUUGGCUGAAAGGUAUCCACUAGAAAGAGAUGCCUCUGGCACCGUGGUGAAGGAAGAUUAUGCUAAAGUUAUGGCCAUCUUGACUGGUUCCGUUUUCAUCUUCACAUUUGGUUGUGUUUUUGUGGGACACGAAAAGUUCCAUCGUGAUUUAUCCUCCCCAGUUAUGAAGAAAUACAUAAACCAAGUGGACGAAUAUGAAGCGGAUGGCAUUUCGAUUAGUGAUAUCGUUGAACAGAAGACAGAAUGUGCCUCAGUCAAGAUGAUUGAUUCGAACACUUCAAAGACGUAUGAAGAGCAUGUUGAGACUGUUUAA